AUGGCAAAAUUCUUUCAAGCAAUGCUUGAACGCUUUGGGCUAACAAAGAGAAUUCUUGCAGUUAAUGCUGAUAAUGCGACCGCAAAUGAUUCUCAAACAACAAAGCUCGCGAGCCUCGAUAACUCAUUCGAGUCUGUCAACCGUGUUCGAUGUUUUAACCAUACUCUCCAGCUUGCUGCAAAAGCUUUGCUGAAGCCAUUCAACUCCGAGUCAUUGUCAGCAUCUGAAGCCGAUGAUGAUGUGGAUGGCAUUAGACUAUCUCUCCGUCCCAGCAACAUCAACUGCGGACGAACGUGUCUUCUCGCAGGGCCGGCAGCUCCUUCAUUUUACUCGCAACCGACUCGCACCAUCAACAAUUCGUGCUUUUCUCUGCCUCGGAGCCUGGGGCAGAAGUGAUCUUCUGGCGAUGGAGGACCUUCUAGCCUCUGUAAAGAGUCAAAAACGGAAGCGAAAUGAAGUCGAAGCUGAGGAGGACGACGAGGAAAAGUAG